CAGUGCCAAAUGGGUGAGGAGCCUGCAAGAUAGUUGCUGAGCGUCAGCAGCGUCCAUCCAUAUAGAUAACUUAACAGAAGAGCAAAUAACAAAACGGAAGAGCUGUAACAACAGUGAAACCUAAGUUACUACUGGACUCAUAAAGGACUUAGCAAAAAUCACCAGAGACAAGUAGAAUGGCAUUCAACACAGAUGAAAUCAAGACUGUGGUUGAAAGCUUUGAGACCACGCCCUAUGAAUAUGAGUGGGCACCACCCUGUGAAAAAGUCAGCAUCAAAGAGCUGGGGUCAUGGCUCCUGCCUCCACUGUACUCCCUGGUGUUCAUCAUUGGCCUCCUGGGCAACAUGAUGGUUGUGCUGAUCCUCAUAAAGUACAGGAAGCUACAAAUUAUGACUAAUAUCUACCUGCUCAACUUGGCAAUUUCUGAUCUGCUCUUUCUCUUCACUGUCCCAUUCUGGAUUCACUAUGUUCUGUGGAAUGAGUGGGGUUUUGGCCACUACAUGUGCAAAAUGCUCUCUGGGUUUUAUUACCUGGCUUUGUACAGCGAGAUCUUUUUCAUCAUCCUGCUGACAAUUGACAGGUACCUGGCUAUCGUCCAUGCUGUGUUUGCCCUUCGAGCCCGAACUGUAACUUUUGCUAUUAUCACCAGCAGCAUCACCUGGGGCCUGGCAGGACUGGCAGCAUUGCCUGAAUUUAUCUUCCAUGAGUCCCAAGACAACUUUGGAGAGCUUUCCUGCAGUCCUCGUUACCCAGAGGGCAGAGAAGACAGCUGGAAGCGUUUCCAUGCUCUAAGAAUGAACAUCUUUGGUUUAGCUCUUCCUCUCGUCAUUAUGGUCAUCUGCUACUCAGGGAUCAUUAAAACUCUGCUGAGAUGCCCCAAUAAAAAGAAACACAAGGCCAUCCGGCUUAUUUUUGUUGUUAUGAUAGUCUUUUUUAUUUUUUGGACCCCGUACAACCUGGUUCUCCUUUUUUCUGCUUUUCACAGCACAUUUUUGGAGACCAGUUGUCAGCAGAGUAAACACCUGGACCUGGCCAUGCAGGUGACUGAGGUAAUUACCCACACCCACUGCUGUAUCAAUCCAGUAAUCUAUGCCUUUGUUGGUGAGAGGUUCCGGAAACACCUUCGGCUCUUUUUCCACAGAAAUGUGGCAAUCUACCUGGGAAAAUAUAUUCCAUUUCUUCCUGGUGAUAAAUUGGAAAGAACAAGUUCUGUCUCCCCAUCAACUGGGGAACAAGAAAUCUCUGUGGUGUUUUAGUUGGACAGAGAACACCGUCUCUCAUUCUAUGGACUGGAAAAUGCAGUAAACACAUUAAGUCCAUCACAAUGACCUCUACCUCAGUCAUUUGUACUUUCCAUCAAAUGCUGAUGUUCUCAAAGACCUGAAAACACACAUAAUAACUGCAGAAUAUCUUCAUGUACCCCAAAGGUCAUUACUAGAGGUCAUGUGCUGGCCAGUUGACAAUUCAUCAAACAUGGAAAGGACAGUUUCUCUUGAUUCUCUAAAGAGUUACAUAUGUUCAGAUUCACUUACAUGUCAAAUAACCCAUUCAGAACAAGUAAGAAGUUUAAAAAAUAUUUAAACUUCCACUUUAGCCAUUUUUGACAUCAGUUGAAAAAUAGGCUAGGGCCAUCUGUAUUGAGAAGUCCGGGUGUGGUGCUGUCAUUAAUUUUUCCUAGACUUGACUUCAUAAGUACCUGGAGGGUAUAUUGACACAUACACAAAUGACAUAUUCCCCUAUUAUAGGAGAAGAGUAUAAAUUUGGAGAUAGACAUCAAGAUUAAUAGAUAAAAUAAGAUUGGAAACCCCUUUUUACUUGCUUUCAUAUAACAAAUAGAGGAUGUCCAAAAAAGUCUAUGACAUCACACAGAAAGAAGCUGGCACUAUGUGACUAACAAUAAAUAAGAAUUCAUAUGAUAACAGUGCGUUUGGGUGUCUGUCUUUUCCCAGAUCAUUAACCUACUCCUAUCCUCAGGAAUAUCUUUUUAUCUAUCUUGAUAAACUGCCUAUACAUCUAUCAUUAUCUAUAUGUUCAUUAUUCUGGCACACAAGACCCUAGAAACCUCAGGAGGUGCUCUCUGUAUUCAAAUGUGCACUUAUAACACCACCACAGAGCUUAUGAUUCAUGUUUGAAGUGAGGCCUGAGCAUCAAAACAGGUUCCUAGGUGUUAGCCAUAAUACUUGUCCCAAGAUGACACUUUCAGAAUCAUUUUGUAACUGAUGUUUUCAGAGCCUCAACAAUUGAAACUGAGGAUUUUACAAGUGUUGUGGGAGGACUAUAUGGAUCCUUUAGAUGUUUAUGAUAAGAUUAUAGGCCAUUAUGGUCAGUUGAUAAGAUACAUCAAUAGUCUAUCUGAAACAUUACUAUUAAAAAACUUACAAUUCUAUCAGUCUGUCAGUUUUAUACAGUUGAGAUUUUCUUGAAUAUAUGUAUUUAGUACGCUGAACUAGAAGCUGUGAGAGACACAAAGAUGAAUGAGGAAAAAAGUGGAGUGGCUAUGGUUCAGGACUUUUUCUCUCAUUCCUUUUCUCCUGAUUCUUCUUGGGAAUGUAACUUCUUGGGAAUGUAACUUAAAAGCUUUUACUUAACUUGUGUUUGUAAUAUGGCCCUUUUCUUUUGGGUAUAACAUGGUCAUUUCAUGGUUAUUUUGAAGUAUUACCUUGGUCUAGCAACCGUGACAACUACUUAAGCAGAACAAUAAAGAGGUAAGUUAGUUAAUAGUGAUGCUAUUGGAACUACUGAUACUCCAUAGCAGAAGGAAAUAUAGGAUCAUAGUAUCCUCAUCUUGUAUUCCAACCAUUACUCUCUCUUGCUCCAACUUGUACAUAAUCUUGGGAGAUGAUAAAGUUAUAUAAGAUUGGAAGAGUUAUUUGAAAGUGUGACUCCAUGAUUGCAUUUUAAUUAGGUCAUUAUCCAUGAUGGGAAGAAAUUUUGUGAUGUGACAGCUGUUUGAGUAGCCCUUCAAUAAUGCUAUGUAAGUAGGCUCAAUAAACUCAUUGGUUUGCUAAGUUGAA